UCGAGGAGUACGUGCCAUUGGACGAACAUCGAAGCAUAAAUUGUCUUGAUUGGAGCAGCAGGUGGAGUUGAUUUCUGAUUUGGAUACUUGUUUAGCACCUCGACUUCCGUUUGAAGCCACCGCUUCUUUUUCUGUACUUCAUCUCAGCAUACUCUUCAUUCUCUUAUGCCAAUCGAGAAUCAUACGCAGUCGAGUGACGCGAGUCAUAUAAGUUGUCUCCACGCUCGCAUGCACGCAAAACCUUGACUUCAAGUUAAAGAAGAAGCAAUGGUUGUGGCAAAGUCUUGAACGUGGGGCCGGCCCCACGCCACGCUACCCCGCUAUCAACUUCUUACCCCUGCUUCAUAAAUCAUCAGUUGAGGCCUCAUGUUCUUGUGUCAAAGUUCAACUACCCCUUCUCAUCAUUAUGUCUUCCGAGAACUCGGUUCCUCUCCUUUCGCAAAAGCACUCUGGCAUUCCGGAGAAUCUCCUCGAGAAAGCCCAAAAUGCAAAAGCGUUGAUCUACGAGACUCGAACAAAAUCGUCGAGCACAAGACAAAGGUUGCCAGUCAUUCCUCAAGGAAUCGAAAGAGGAAAAUUCUUCCAGGCAUUGGACGAACUUCAGCAAGUUCUAGGAAACGAAAAUGUAGAGAUCAACGACAAACCCCUCGUUGAUGGGUGGUACAUGGAGCAUCCCAACACUCAUGAUAUGAUGCCGAUAUUAGAUGACGAAGAAUUGGUGGCAUCAGCAGUGGUGUAUCCAAGUUCCACGGAAGAUGUUCAAAAGAUUGUACUUUGGGCGAACAAAUAUCGGAUCCCAAUCUUUCCAAUCUCAAUGGGCCGAAAUUUGGGAUACGGAGGAGCAGCUCCGAGAGUACGAGGGUCAGUUGUUAUUGACCUUGGCAAAAGAAUGAGUCGAAUUCUAGACAUCAACCCUGAUGACUAUACUUGCCUUGUGGAGCCUGGUGUCAGCUUUUACGCUUUGCAUGAGACGAUUCAAGCCAAAGGCUAUAAGCAUAUGUGGAUUGAUACACCGGAUCUAGGAGGUGGCUCCAUAGUGGGCAACACACUUGAUCGAGGUGUUGGUUAUACACCAUACGGAGAUCAUUGGGCUUGUCAUUCUGGUUUGGAGGUUGUACUGCCUACUGGAGAAGUGAUUAGAACCGGAAUGGGAGCUCUGCCUGGCAACAAUACUUGGCAAUCCUUUCCCUACGGAUUUGGACCGUAUUCAGAUGGCAUAUUCUCACAGUCAAACUUUGGCAUUGUCACGAAGAUGGGAAUGACCUUGAUGCCCAAUCCUGGUGGUUAUGAAAGCUUUAUGUAUGCAUUUGAAAAAGACGACAAUCUGGCGGCUUUGAUGGAAAUCAUUCGACCACUUCGGAUUGGAAACAUCCUGGAAAACGUUGCCCAAGUCAGACAUGCAAUCCAAUCGAUUGCUGUAAAAGGAAAACCACGAACUGCAUACUUCAGCGGGGAAGGUCCAAUGCCAUCGGAGAUUGUUCAUGAAUACUUGAGAACCACCACCAUUGGCGACCAUGCGUGGCUGUAUUACGGCAUGUCGUACGGUCCUGAACAUAUCAGAAAAUACAAGUUGGACAUCAUCGACCAAGAGUUCAAGAAGAUUCCAGGAGCAAGGAAAGUCGACCCCGCCACACUACCUAAAGACGAAUACUUCUGGUCUCGUGAUCGUAUAGCUGCCGGUAUUCCAGAUCUUGUCGAGCUAUUGUGGGUGAAUUGGGUUCCAAACGGAUCUCAUGUUGCUUUCAGCCCGGUCUCACCCAUACGUGGAACAGACGCCAUGAAGCUUUUCAAUAUGGGUAAACGUCUCCAUGAUAAGUAUGGCAUCGACUUCUUCCCCGCAUUCUGUGUAGGUCUGCGGGAAAUGCAUCUUAUCGUGGAAAUUGUUUUUGAUAAGAAUGACUCCAAGAAGAGGAAAGCGGCCAACGACUGUCUUCGAGAAAUGAUUGAGGAUGCUGCGAAAGAGGGCUACGGAGAGUAUCGGACACAUCUGGUUCUCAUGGAUCAAGUUGCGGGGACGUAUAAUUGGAAUGAUAAUGCUUUGAUGAAGUUCAACGAGAGAAUGAAAGAUGCCCUUGAUCCAAACGGCAUUCUGGCACCUGGAAAAUCCGGCAUUUGGCCUGCAAGAUAUCGAGGAAGGGGUUGGGAAUUGACAAAGUCGAGCGGGAAUGGGUCAGAAGGCAAUGGCGUGGCACCAUCGAUGACCAUGAAGUUGUAAUGUUUACACGUAACUUGAGGCAGAAUCGGUCGAGGUGCAUGUGGACUUUUGUAGUUCGUCCCCGAUAUCUAACGCAAAACCUCGAUCUGGAGACUUUCAAGUUCAAGCAAGCUCCUCGUUUCUUCUCUUUUCGCGCCGGCUUGGCGUCCAGCUUCGUCUUACGAUCCAAUCUCUUCACCAACCUCGUUCAUCUCGAAUCGAAUCCGGAGCGUGCCAAGCACCUU